GUGGCGGUUAUAGCUGAAAUUAGAAGACGACGUAUAGCUGCUGCAGUUGCUGCAAUGUAUUUGUUAAAAAAAAAAGAAAACAUAAGAAAAAAAGGUUUUGGGUAGCUCCGAUUUUCGAAAGUCGUAAUGUACAUAGUUUCUUUUUUGCAUCGAUUCCGAAAUUGAUAUUGGAGGACAUACGAUUCCACAAUUACUUCCGAAUGACUGCAACUCAAUUAGAGGAAUUAUUAGGAAUGAUCGGAGGCAAAUUGCAGAAGCAGGACUUUAUUCGACAAUCUAUUUCACUAUCAGAACGAUUGGCAUUGACCCUGAGAUAUCUUGCUUCCGGAGAUUCGAUGACAUCAAUAUCCUUUCAAUAUCUUGUGGGAGUGAAAACAGUGAACACUAUAAUACAUGAAACGUGCAAAGCAAUUUGGGAUUAUUUGUGCUCUUUGGUUCUUCCAAGCCAGCUUGAAGAAAAAGACUGGUUGGAUAUCGCCAAUGAUUUUAAUGAAAAAUGGAAUUUUAUUCAUUGUAUUGGAGCCAUAGAUGGCAAGCACGUUAUUAUUCAAUGUCCCAAUAAUGCUGGAUCAGCGUUUUUUAAUUAUAAAAAUAUUCACAGUAUAGUACUCAUGGCCAUCUGCGACGCAAAUUACAUUAUUCGUUUUGUGGAUAUUGGGGCUUAUGGCCGAAGAAGUGAUGGCGGUAUUUUUAAGGACAGUGCUUUCGGAAAAGCGUUUAAUGAAGGUCGAAUGAAUAUCCCACAAUCAGCAGCGAUUAGGGAAGGAGGACCUAUUUUACCUUAUUGUCUUGUAGGAGACGAAACCUUUCCUCUAAAAUCGUAUUUACUUCGUCCGUAUCCGGGAAGAGGUAGACUUACACCAGAACAAGAUAUAUACAAUUAUCGUUUGAGUCAUGCAAGACGAAUAAUAGAAAACACAUUUGGUAUAAUCGCCAGUCAAUGGAGAAUAUAUAGAAAACCAAUUAUCGCCAGUCCUGAGAAUGCAAAGCUAAUGGUUUAG